GGGGGUCUGGCCUCAUGGAAGUGCCCAGGGCAUGGAUGUUGAGUGAGACGGUCCUCUGUGUCAAUUUUCCCCUCGUUGUCCCUCACUCGGUCUGGUCCCAGAUCCGAUUAUUGCCCUGUCCAGCCACCAAGAGCUUGCAGCCUCCUGCCCAGACCACCAACCCAGGCCUGCCAGAGAGACCCCUCCAGCGCAGCCUCCCUGGGGAGGGGCCCUGUUAGGGGCAAAGAAUGGAGGCCGAAGGACCAUUCUGUCCAUUGUGACUCACCCUGACCUCACAGUCAUCAGCCUUCCCACCGCCAGGUCCGAGAGGUUGGGGGAGACUAACCUGGCAGGGAGCCCCCAAUGAGCCACCUUUCUUCACCCCCCCCAAAACACAAGGGGGAGCACAAAGGCCACGGUCUCCCCCGUGGUUCAGAAAGGGGUAGCUCCUCCCGGGACAAGGACCGAAGUGUGACGGUCAGCAGUUCAGGGCCCAUGCCCGCUGGAGGGAAGGGAAGCCGGACCAACUGCUCCCCGUCCACACCCCAGAAGGUCCCCAACCGCCUGAUCAAUGAGAAGUCACCUUACCUCCUGCAGCAUGCCUACAACCCUGUGGACUGGUACCCCUGGGGACAGGAAGCCUUCGACAAGGCCAGGAAAGAAAACAAGCCAAUUUUCCUUUCAGUGGGGUACUCCACCUGCCACUGGUGCCACAUGAUGGAGGAGGAGUCCUUCCAGAAUGAGGAGAUCGGUCGCCUGCUCAGUGAGGACUUUGUCAGCGUGAAAGUGGACCGGGAGGAGCGGCCAGAUGUGGACAAGGUGUAUAUGACCUUCGUACAAGCCACCAGCAGUGGGGGGGGCUGGCCCAUGAACGUGUGGUUGACUCCCAACCUCCAGCCCUUUGUGGGGGGCACCUACUUUCCCCUUGAGGAUGGCUUGACCCGAGUUGGCUUCCGCACGGUGUUGCUGAGGAUACGGGAGCAGUGGAAACAGAACAAGAACACCCUGCUAGAGAACAGCCAACGUGUCACCACAGCCCUACUGGCCCGCUCAGAGAUCAGCAUGGGUGACCGCCAGCUGCCGCCCUCCAGUGGCACCAUGAACAGCCGCUGCUUCCAGCAGCUGGACGAGGGCUAUGACGAGGAGUACGGGGGCUUCGCCGAGGCCCCCAAGUUCCCCACGCCGGUGAUCCUGAGCUUCCUGUUCUCCUACUGGCUCAGCCAUCGACUCACCCAGGAUGGCUCUCGGGCCCAGCAGAUGGCCUUGCACACCCUGAAGAUGAUGGCUAACGGGGGCAUCCGAGACCACGUGGGACAGGGUUUCCACCGCUACUCCACGGACCGCCAGUGGCACAUCCCCCACUUCGAGAAGAUGCUGUACGACCAGGCGCAGCUCGCGGUGGCCUAUUCACAGGCCUUCCAGAUCUCUGGUGACGAGUUCUACUCCGAUGUUGCCAGAGGCAUCCUGCAGUACGUGGCUCGGAACCUGAGUCAUCGGUCUGGAGGCUUCUGCAGUGCAGAGGACGCAGACUCGCCCCCAGAGCGGGGCAUGCAGCCCAAAGAGGGUGCCUUCUACGUGUGGACGGUCAAAGAGGUCCAGCAGCUACUUUCUGAGCCUGUGCCGGGUGCCACGGAGCCCCUGACCUCGGGCCAGCUCCUCAUGAAGCAUUACGGGCUCACGGAGGCAGGCAACAUCAGCCCCAGUCAGGACCCCAAGGGGGAGCUGCACGGCCGGAAUGUGCUGACUGUCCGCUAUUCGCUGGAACUGACCGCUGCCCGCUUCGGCCUGGACGUGGAGGCCGUGCGGACCUUGCUCAAUACGGGGCUGGAGAAGCUCUUCCAGGCCCGGAAACAUCGGCCGAGGCCGCACCUGGACAGCAAGAUGCUGGCUUCCUGGAACGGACUGAUGGUGUCUGGGUUCGCUGUGACUGGGGCUGUCCUGGGCCUGGAGAGGCUGAUCAACUAUGCCACCAAUGGUGCCAAGUUCCUGAAGCGGCAUAUGUUCGACGUGGCCAGCGGCCGCCUCAUGCGGACAUGCUAUGCAGGCUCCGGGGGAACCGUGGAGCACAGCAACCCACCCUGCUGGGGCUUCCUGGAGGACUAUGCCUUCGUAGUGCGGGGCCUACUGGACCUGUACGAGGCCUCGCAGGAGAGCUCGUGGCUCGAGUGGGCUCUGAGGCUGCAAGAUGCCCAGGACAGGCUCUUCUGGGACUCCCAAGGUGGCGGCUACUUCUGCAGCGAGGCCGAGCUGGGGGCUGGUCUGCCCCUGCGUCUGAAGGACGACCAGGAUGGCGCGGAGCCCAGUGCCAACUCCGUCUCGGCCCACAACCUGCUUCGGCUGCACGGCUUUACGGGCCACAAAGACUGGAUGGACAAGUGCGUGAGCCUGUUGACUGCCUUCUCUGAGCGCCUGCGCCGUGUGCCCGUGGCUUUGCCCGAGAUGGUCCGCGCCCUCUCAGCCCAUCAGCAGACCCUCAAGCAGAUCGUGAUCUGUGGAGACCCCCAGGCCAAGGACACCAAGGCUCUGUUGCAGUGUGUCCACUCCAUCUACAUUCCUAACAAGGUGCUGAUCUUGGCCAACGGGGACCCCUCCAGCUUCCUGUCCCGUCAGCUGCCCUUCCUGAGUACCCUGCGACGGCUAGAAGACCGGGCCACGGCCUACGUGUGUGAGAAUCAAGCCUGCUCAAUGCCCAUCACGGAGCCCUGUGAGUUACGAAAACUGCUACAUCAGUGACUGCCUCGCCCUUCUUGGGCUGGGGCAGAGCUUCCCAGCUGAUCAGAGACUCAGGCCUGGCAGGGCCCUGCACACCCUGCGGCCAUCCCCGGGCACCCUGUCACCGGAUGCCCUCGGACAUCCUCACUGGCCCGCCAUGGGCCCCCACUCACCCUGGAAUAAACCUAACGGCAUCCUGCGGUAA